AGUAUGUACAUAUAGUAUGUACAUGUAAUACAGCUAUAUUUGUUUAUAGGUCAUCGGUCGGUCAAAACAUUGCGAAUUGUGAUAGUAAUAUUGUAUGCAUUAUAGUUAAAACUGUACCUUCUGUUUUUGCUUGCUGAUUGCAAAAGAUACAAAAUUAACGUCAACGUUUGAACAAUAUUCUCGGCGAAUGAUAGUAUUGAAUAUAGUGCUGUGAAGCCCCAAGGAGUAAACAUGUUGCAAUUAAUAAAUCUUCCCGAUAUUGUUUUGGAGACGAUUUUAUCUAACCUUACGUACGACGAAAUUUCUCGUUACAGAAUUAUUUGUAAGCAAUUCGAUCGAAUAUGUAAGAAGUUAUUGAACAGAGGUUUCAAUUUAAUGGAAAAAUAUCACGCGCAAUGCUUGCGUGCUGUAAAAAGUCAACUGCCGCGAAGAGAAUCAGAAAGGAGAAGUCAUCCUUUGGCACGUCAUUGUGAUAUAUUGACAGCGAUUGAAACGCGAAUAUCCAUGUUAUCCAUGACGUUUAUCAAAUACGUGGACCUCAAUCUGUGUUGUUUUAUCCCCGGCAAGGUAAUCGAUGAAAUUUUUCGUGUUCUUCGUUUAAUUCGUGAUUCAAAAACUCCACCAAGAGCUCACGAAAUACUUCAGGAAUUAAGAGAUAUUAGUAGUAUGGCUAUGGAACAUUUUGAUGAAAAGAUCUUGCCAGAUUUAAAGCAUAGCAUUUGUACGUCUGUCGUUAGUAAUGUAGGCUCUUAUGAACUACCAGGUGGAAGUUUAAUGAUUUCUCACCAUACCACUAAUCCAACUAAUACAACACUGCCUCAUAACUUUAAUUCAGAUCAACUAAAUCAAACUUUCAAAAAAAUCUACAGUCGCACUAAAAAGAAUAAAUUAUCCGUCCUCUCUGUAAAAGGUCAGAUAAGUAAAAUGAAGCUUAGAAUGAAGAGGCAGGGCUUUCAGAUGCGAAUGCAGAGUUUAAAGAUGCAAGAACAGGCGAAAAAAAUACAUGAUCAAGAUACACAACUGGCAGAAAUAAGAAAACAUUUAGAAGAAUGGGAACAGAAAAUGGUUGACUUAACAGCAGGACUAAGUCGUGCCAGAGAAGAAACUCAAAAGCCUGAUUCCAUAGAGACCUGUAAAAGAAAACUCAUUGACUCUUCAAAUGAGUUACAAGCAAAAAGAUGCAAAUUGGCAAUAGAAAGAUUAAAGUCAAUACUAUAAAAGCUUGAAUCUGUCAUCAGCUUGUUCUCUGUACAUAAAAGGGUUGUAUAUG